AUGGCUGACCGAAUACGCCAGGAGAAGUUGAACAUUGUGUGCGUUCCUAUGUCAUUUCAGGCUCGGCAGCUGAUUCUGCAGCAUGGCCUGUCUCUCUCCGAUUUAGACAGACACCCAGAUCUGGAUGUAGUGAUCGAUGGAGCUGAUGAAGUGCAUGAUUCACUCACUCUUAUUAAAGGAGGAUGCUUGACUCAGGAGAAAAUCGUAGCCGGCUGUGCCAAACACUUUGUCGUCAUUGCUGACUUCAGGAAGGAUUCAAAGGCACUGGGGCAGCAGUGGAAGAAAGGCGUGCCGGUGGAAGUGGUUCCUAUGGCGUACGUGCCCGUGUCCAGGGCCAUCACCCGGCGCUUUGGUGGGGAAGCUGUGCUGAGGAUGGCGGUCAGUAAAGCGGUGAGACGGUGCACAAUGAUCAGAAUCAUGUAG